AUGUCUACCAAAAUAAUGUACGAUUUAAUCAGCGAAUUCAAAUGUACCGUAUGCUAUGACUACAUGAAACCGCCAAUCCUGAUGUGCUUUACCGGCCACAGCUGCUGCAACUCCUGCUUUCGGCGUAUGAAUCAGUGCCCUGAAUGCAGAGGCAAGAAGAGCAAUUUCAGGAACUUGAACCUGGAAAGGAUCUAUUACAUUCUUGUCUUCCCCUGUCGAAACGCAGAAUACGGUUGUGCAUUCACCGCCAAGGGAACGGAGAUGAUGACACAUGAGGACAAGUGCAUUUAUUCGUAUUUACCAUGUCCGUUUGCUAAGUAUGGGUGCACAUGGUCGGGGGUGUACAAAUCGAUGGAGGACCAUUUAAAGGAGGCGCAUGAUUGCAGCAAUGAUGCUCCUGAUAUUUGUGAUUUAGAGGGCUUUGAUGAAGGAGCCGAUUGUUGGAGACAGGCGCUGAAUUUCGACGGUCACCUUUUCAUCCUUUGCGUAAUAAAGGAAGGAGAGAGUUUUUGGUUCGGGGUUUACUCGAUCAUCGAUACUGAUCAAGAGUACGAUUAUGAGAUGACAUUCGUGGAUCUUGGUAGGAACAGGACAGCUCGUUUUAACGGUACUUGCACAACUCAUAAGGAAUACGCGACUGAGGAAUAUAACAGACACAAUAUACAGAGGGCACCUGGGAUGUUGGUGGAGAGCUUCAGGCAGAGUGAUCUCGUUCAAUACAAGGUUGAAAUCUUCAGAAAAUCGUAA